GUUUCUGGUGUCCGUAGCAGUUAAUCAUAAUAGGUUCAGCAAAAGAAAUGAAUUUGAAAUAGAGUGCAUCACACACACACCUCCUACUCCACCAUAUGUCAGGAUAGAUUGAAGAGCUACCCCCACAGGCUAAGUCAUCUGGGAAGCGAUAACCUAACUCCCCCCCAUCGAACACUCGAUAAACCAACAAAAUUUGUCAAAUUAUAUAAUAUCUUGUCUUAAAAAGGUGAAAUUGAAAGACAAAUCAAACUUCUGAAUAUCCUCAGGUUGUUCAUAUCAACUCAAAAUGUCAUUUUGGUAUCAACUAUUACAAACUCGAGAGACUUUGACGAUAGCUACUUUCAGAUAAGAUUCUGGCCGGAAAACCUAAGGAUAACAUCUUAGCUUGGCAAACAAGUUAGUAAAAGAGACGGGAAAACCGGUGACGUUAUUCUUUUCGGUAUAUAAUACCGUUCGAUUUGGUUAUCCAUGUGACGGCUUUAAUGUUCAGUUGGUCAACAGGUUUCUAGUUCCCGUUUAUGGGCUACGUGACGUUUUCUAUUUUAUGUUAUUGUUACCGGCUUACCGCCAAGCGUGUCUACUAUCUAACGUCUACACGUCACCAGGUUUUUUAAUCGUAGCAAAUACGUGCCAUCCUCGCUCAUUUCACGAAAUUCGUAUUAUAUAAAAUCACCAAUGAUCAUGACCUACAUAAUUAUAAUUUUAUUUAUUCAAAAUAAAGUCAAAUAUUAAAAUUUAAAAUCCUUUUUAGUAUAAAUUGAAAAUAUUUUAUCAAUAUAUUCAAUUAUUUGCUAACUAUGUUUUAUCAAUCACAAUCGAAAAUUUUAAUUAAAUAAUUAAGAAGUUUACAUAAGUUUAUUAUUUUUCAAAACUACAAGAAGCAAGCUUAUUAAAUAUUUAAAAACUUUAUACGAUAUAUUAAGUAUAUAUUAUAUUAUUUCUAAAAAUCUUUUUACAAUAUUAUAUACUUUUUAACAUAUUUUUAAGUUUUAUGUAUAUUUUACAUAUUUUCCUUUUAUAUUUUUAUUUGUGUAUUUGUGACACAUGUUCAGGUAACGUACGUGUAUCACACUAAUUUAUAGGUUUAGAAAUUAUAAUUUUUGUUUUAUUUUUUUUUGUCGAUUUCUUCACACAUUCAAAAAUAUUUAAAUUUUAUAUAUUUUCUAAAUAAGAAAACCAUCAAUUAUACAUCUAAUCACAUUUUAACCAACAGUAAAAUAAAUUGGAAAAUAUAAAAAUUUAUAGAUCAUAUAGAGUUGAUGAUAUUUUACAUUAAAAUUUUAAAUCGACACUCAGUUUAUAACGAAAAUUUUACUCCAGGCAAUUAAGCUGAAGCGGAGAGAUUAUCGUAUAAAAGUCAACUUUAAUCGGUAUGAAAUCACGAUUAAUUUUAUGAUGAUAUUUCUUUCCAGUAAUGAUAGUAAAAUUAGGCACAUAUAUGGUACUAUUAUAAUAUUCACUAUGAAUUUGAUUUCGUGCCAAAUUGAAAAGUGAUUAUUACAUUAAUUUUGGAUGUUUGACCAGUGUUGUUGUGCAAUUAUUACGGUGAGAUUCAGCCAAAUUGUGCCAUUACAUUAAGGAAAUUUUUUAUUUCUUUCCCAAUGAGCUUUCUUAAAAUAAAUAACCAAUGCUGCAUCGACACAAAAUCCACCUCCUUUUUCAUAGGAUGAGUAAUUAUUAUUAUUUAUUAAAAAGUGCCAAAAUCAGUUACAUUUUCUCCAUUUCUUAUAGAAAACCUUGAAUCUCAUCAUCACCUGGAGGAGAAGAAAGACGGUGGUGUAGUUUUCUUUCUUUCUUGAAAGCCCUAAAUCUUUCUUUGUUAUCAAUAAAAGAUGGGAGAUAACAAACACAAAGAUCAAAGGCCACUUUCGUUUGACAAAUCUAGUAAACCCAUUUUUUCAUUUUACUUGUCAUCUUCAUCACCAUGCUCUUUUACGGCCAUCAUCAUCCUCCUCAUCUUCUUCUCAUAUUUUUUAUACUCAUUCAGUUUCAUCACAUUUUUACACCCUUACUCUCCUUCUAGAAUCUCCAACUCUCUCCUUGUACCUGUUAUGCGCCUCGGAUCCGGUCAACAACCCGACGAAAAGACAGAGCUUAAACACAUCGUGUUCGGGAUCGCCGCGUCCUCCAGUCUGUGGAAGCGUCGGAGCGAAUACGUGAAAACGUGGUGGAGACCAAACGGAGAGAUGAAAGGUUUUGUCUGGCUAGACAAACCCGUAAACGACACCGUUUCGUCCUUCCCCUCCUGGGCCUUCCCUGAGAUCAAAAUCUCUUCGGACACGUCGAGUUUUAAGUACCGUUAUCGUAGCGGUCACAGGUCAGCCAUAAGGAUCACAAGAAUCGUGUCGGAGACGGUGAGAAUGUUAAACGGAACUGAACACGAGAAACACGUUAGGUGGGUUGUGAUGGGUGACGACGACACUGUGUUUUUCGCUGAGAAUCUGCUAAGGGUUUUGAGGAAAUAUGAUCAUAAGCAGUUUUAUUACAUCGGAGCUCCCUCAGAGAGUCAUUUGCAAAAUUUGCAUCAGUUCUCAUACGGAAUGGCUUAUGGAGGAGGUGGUUUCGCGAUAAGCUAUCCGUUGGCAAAGGCGUUGGAGAAGAUACAAGAUCGGUGUAUUGAGAGAUACUCUGAUCUCUAUGGUUCUGAUGAUCGGAUUCAUGCUUGCAUGGCCGAGAUUGGUGUUCCUCUCACCAGAGAAGCUGGCUUUCAUCAGUUUGAUGUGUACGGGAAUCUCUUGGGUCUUUUAUCAGUUCAUCCACAAGUGCCAAUAGUCUCGAUCCACCACCUAGACGUAGUAGAGCCUAUAUUCCCAAGAACAAACCGAGUCAAUGCCGUAAAGAGACUCAUGAUCCCAGCAAAGCUUGAUUCAGCUAGCCUCGUCCAACAGUCCAUAUGCUACGACACAACCCGUCAGUGGACAAUGUCUAUCUCGUGGGGAUACACAGUCCAUGUCACACGUACUUAUAUGCCAGCAAGGAUGAUGGAAGUGCCCACUCGCACAUUCAACGACUGGCACAAACGCCACGAUUUCACCAAUGUUGCUUUCAACACACGUCCUGUAACAUACACUGAUUGUCAGCGUCCCCGAGUGUUUUACUUGUCUCGUGCGCUCAAUGAUUCUUCUUCGGGCACAACGAUAAGCGAGUAUUUGAGGCACAAUGAAUGGAAUCCUAAAUGUGAGUGGGGAAUACAAGAUCCUUCUGAUAUCAAUCGUAUCUUCGUCUACAAAAAGCCUAACCCUGAUAGGUGGACUAAGGCUCCACGGAGAGAUUGUUGUCGGUUAUUGCCUACAACGAAGAAGGGAACUAUGGUGAUCAAUGUGACAGCUUGUGAAAAUGACGAAAUUGUUGCUUAUUCUGAUAAGUAGUUCAUCUGUUACUUCACAUGGCUUAUAAGAACAACUUGUUUUCUUAUGAGAAAUUCUUUAGCUUGUUUGUUUACUGUAUUGACAUUGUAUACUUACAAAAUAAACUUUAAAAGAAUUAUCGAACUUUCAUCUUCUAUUUUUGUGUGUUAACGAUUGUAUUAAAAAUGUUUAUGUAUCUUGCAAU